GGGCCCUGCUGCUCAGAGCUGGCAUCCCAAGCCAGCUCUUAACCAACGCGCCACUCGGCCGGCCCUCCCCAUUUUCUUGACAUGCCUCCUUUACCCUCACCCAUGCUUCUCCCUGGUGCCCAGCUUCCUACUCUAGCACCCUGACUUCAGUCCUCAAGACCUUCCCGCACAUGAAUUCUGGGACUCGCCCUCCCAGAGAGACCUCCAUUCUCCCCAGGACCCUCCUUCAACUCCUUCCACAAAUGUGAAGGCCUCUCUCCAAAGUGGUCCCCAGCCCUCCCCAAAUCCUGCUAGGGUCCAGGUCUCUGGGGAGGGGUUGUGCUUUGUUCCCAGUUGGCAGGCCUUUUGCCAUGCCUGGGGGGCCUAACAUGGGUAUGGGAGUAAAAGUCACUCUGCCCUUCCCAUAACUAGGGAUGAAGCCAUCCAAAGGCAGAGCCAGAAGGGGACCCUGAUGCUAUGUUUCUUACUUCAGAGACAUGGAGACUGAGAGCCACCAGUCCAUCCAUCUGCCCAUCUGUCAUUUACCUACCCAUCCGACCGUCCAUCCAGCCAUCCGUCAUUCAUUCAUUCAUUGGUCCAUCCAUUCACACCUCCCCAUCCUGAUAUCCUUUAAUUGACUGCCUUGAGCUUUUAUCUGCCAGGACCGCUGGUGGGUAAGGGGAUGCAACAGGACCUAGAAAGACCUGUCCUCAUGGAGUUAAUCAUCAAAUGACGUGAAUCAGCAAAUCCCCAUGAAGUGUCUAAUGACAACUGUGAAAAUGAGAGUGUCCUGGGGCCUAGAGAUCUCUGAUCUGGAGGAUGAAUAGGACAGAGUUGUGGGUGAGAAGGGACGUCACAUGCAAAGGCCCUGUGAUGUGUGGAGCACAGUACAUUCGGGGGCGGAAGGAUGGCCAGUGGCUGAAGAUGAAAUCGGGGGGUGGUGGAGUGGAGGCAAAGCUCAGUGCCAGGGAGAGCUGGUGUGGAUCUUUUAAGCACAGAGGUAAUAAGACUCCCUAGUUGGAAGUAUACACUAAGGAUAGGGUAAGAAUGGGGGCGGCUGAGAGAGUGUACUGGGGGCUGGACCAGAGAUUGUCAAGAAGUGUCAGAUUCCAGAGAUUUGUAGGACAGGGGUCUAAAUGUUACUCAUUCAUUCAAUCAUUCAUUCACUGCUCUCUGUUCUCCAAGGCCUGGCACCCUCCCUUCAAAGUCUCCAUCUAGCACUCCUGCCAGGCUUGUGCUAAGAACUUCACAAACUCAGGAUGCUCAGAUUUCCCCCACUUUUACAGAUGAUAUGGAGGCUCAGAGAGGUGAGAUGGCUGCCCAAGCCCUCACCAGUGGGAGGCGGCAGAGCCUCGGUUCGAACCCCAUCACCUCCCCCAUCUGCUUUCAGGUCUUGGGCGCCCCCACGGUGAUAGCUGGGUCCCCCACCUUGUGUCCUGUCCCAUUCUGCCAUCAAUUCUUUAGCAAAUGCUCCGUGCCCCAGCCUCACCCUUGGAGGGCCCUGGGGUGGGAAGCAGUAGAGACGUGGCUUCAAUUUUGGCUGUGCAGCCUUGGACCAGCUGCUUCCUUUCCCUGAACUGGGCUCCCGCCAGAAUUGCGCUAUCCCCUGUGCCUCAGUUUCCUUAUCUGGAAACCAGGGAUGAUGCCCACCCCCCCACCGUGGGUUAGCCUGUGCCUUGUUGGGCCUGGGUCCCUCCUGAGAGUGUGCAGACAGGCGGCCUUCUUUCCCAUUUCCCAGGGGAGGAGACUGCUCAGCCCAGAGGUGCAUGGGCACAAAGUGGCUCCUCAGGCUUGGAGCUCUGGCUCCCAGUCUUUUUGUCUUUGAGGCACUUCCCUGUGGGUCCUCCAAGCCCAGCUGCUGGAUGCUGCAGGGGGCAGCUAUGACAGGCCUGGCUCCUGAGAAGCACCACUCUCCUUCCCCCUCCCUGAGACCUGCCACUUUCCACUCCCCAUACAGCAGGCCCCUGGGGGGUGGGUGAGGACCAUCCCGGUCAGCACAAGUUGGCACAACUUAGGGCAGGAGGGGCUGGUGGAUACUGUCAGGCUCCCUCUCCAGCUUGGGCCUGAAGGCCUCCAGCUGGCAGCCUCCCCAUCUCUGGUUCCAGGAAGAUUAUAGCUCGAGGUUUGGGUAAGUUCUGUGGGGGCUGCCACACCUGUCAGCCACAGGGCUCUGCAGAGGAUGCAGGUUUUGUUGACAAGAAGAGGGUCCCGUUUAUGGAUCACAGAGCCUGAGCCAGUCUCCCUGCCCCUUCUGGGGAGGGGGGCUGCCCCGGGCCACAGAGCAGGUGCUUGGGACCCAUCCCCAGGCACCUUUCACCUCAGAGCCUCAGUUUCCCCAGCCCCCAAAUGUGAUGGGGUGGGGUAGAAGGGUGGGGCUUCUGGCUGAGCCAGGCUAUGGUGGGGUCUGAGUUCUGGGGUUCACCUCAAGACCUGGCAUUGCCUCCCCUGGAUGAGUCCCUUUCCUCACCAGCAGCAGUUUCCGUAAAACAAAGACGAGCACAUUUUGGGCAAACAGUCACCCUGAUGCUGUGAUGCCCAGGGAUCAUUGAAGAGAAUGGAGACACAGAGAUUUGGACACUUGCCAGAAGUCACACAGCAGGAAGUAUUGGCACCAGCACUCAAACCCUGAGUGGCUCCCUCAUUAGAGUUGCUUAUCACAGAAUAAACCCACCGCCUCCUCCCCCAGCCCAGCUGGGCAAGGGUGAGUGAGGAGUGAAGCCCUCAGUACCCAGGCCAUCCAAGCAUUGCUCCUUCCUGGGCCCCAUGGUCACUGUCCCUACAGUGGAGAAAGGUGGCUAAGGCCCUCAGAGACCCCUGCUGCAUGAAAGAGUGCUGUUCCGGGAGGCAUCCUUCCUUUGGUGGCACUUACCCAUCCAUUUGUCUGGCUGGUUCUCAUUAAUGAUUCCAGCAUCCUAGGGACACUGCAAGGCUAAGCCCAUGCAACAAUCCUUCCUCCAGGCAGCUCCAGGCCCAGCAGGGCCAAUGACAUCACCCAUCAUUGCUCCAGGGCAUUCUUCAUGGUAGUGGGCUCUGUCAGGCUGUGAAGCACCUAGCCAGGCUGGCAGGCAGGGCAGGCUUCAUGGAGGUGGUAGUGAGGUGACGCAGUCUUUGGUAUCAGUCCCCUGUCAGACUGUGUGGUCAUGUCAGUGUUGCUCUAGCAUAAACAGGGGCUCAGUGUUUGUUGGGUGAACAAAGCUAAGACAGGCCUCUUGGAGUCUUGGAGGCCCCUCUGAGCCUUGCUUUCCCCAUCUGGACGGUGGGACUCUAAACCCCACCUCCCUCCACGGUGAGUGGAGGUGAUGGAUGGGCGGAGCCUCCAGCUCCCCACAUUAUCUUGCUGGCUCCUCACAAACUGAGACUGGACUCAGAACUGGUUGGGAAAACAGGCUGGGAAGGAGGGCAAGCAGUGAGGAAACAAGGGAUUUGGGGUUGGCAGAUCACAAGGCAGAAGGGUGUGGGACCCCAGAGGGACUCUGCAGUCCUAGGAGCUGCCAGGCCUGGGGUUGCCUCGUUUAUCUGUGGACAGCACGCUGGUGCUCUCCCCUCUCCUCUAAUCACAUAUUCCUGUCACAAUUUUUAUUCACCUGUGUAUCUCUGGGAUGCCUCACAAAGUGGGUGCAUCCAUCAGGGCUGCGUCCCCAGCGUCCGGAUCACUGUCCAGCAUCCAGUAGGUGUUCAACAAAUGUCUGUCCAUGAAACGAAGCAGCAGCCCCCUCGCGGGCUUCUGGGAUGGCUGCACUGAGCGAUGCCCACUAACCAGGAUUGGGGCUUAGCUUCUGGGCCCUUAUUUCUAGAAGGAAACCCUCAUCUUCCUCAUCUACAAAUGGAGCAACUGUAGGACCUACCAGCCCGUUGUAAGAAUCAGCGUUGGGGGAAGGACGUUAAAGUCUGGUACCAAGAAGGAGCUCAAUAGUAAAUUCACCUGAGGUUAUUAUUAUUGCUAUUAUUUUACUCGUCAUCAGAGAUGAUGCUCGGAAAAGCUGCUCACCAGAGAAAGGCCCCGCAGCAGGUGGGGGCCUGCACCCCCCCCCCCAGGUGAGCUGAGAGGCAGGGCUUGGGGUUUAUGACCCCAUCUCCCGGGAUUCGCAGGGGCGAGUGCUAGGGACGGUCAGCAACAAAAUGCGAUCACCUGCUUCCCUCCCACCUACACCCAUCAGCCCCCUGGGUCCCUGCGAGGCUCCUGGGUGCGACCUACCCCAGGGUGGGGGCUGGAGCGGCGGCCGUACUAGGAGGAAUACGGCGGCGCGGCGGCCCGGCUGGGCGGUUUCCCGCCGCCGCCGGUGAAUGAGUCCGACUGCGCUGCCGCCGCCGCCCGUGUGGAAGCUGUGGCCGCGUCCCCUGCGCCAGGCCCAGAGCCUUCGCGCGGAGACCCCAGCGAGUCCGCCGGACAGCCUCAGCCUCGGGCCAUCAUUCCCGGGCAGGGAGAAGCCACAGACUCUGCAGACCCCUCCUGGUCUCCUGCCUGCCACCACUAUGAAGAAAACCAACAUGUGGUUCCUGGAGCGGCUUCGGGGGUCUGGAGAGAAUGGUGCUGCAGGGGGCGAGGCGGGGGACAAGGCCUCCAAGGGGCCUCUGUACAGCAACGUGCUCACGCCCGACAAGAUCCCCGACUUCUUCAUUCCCCCCAAGUUGCCUGCCAGCCCCGCAGAGCCUGAGGGGCAGGCCGAGCCGGGCCUGCCUCCGUUGGAACAGAACCUGGCCUCUGCUGUGCCCCGCCGAGUCCCCCGGAGUCCCCGGCUGCCCACCAAACUGGCAUCUGAGAGCAAGAGCCUGCUGAAGGCGGCCACCCGGCACGUGAUCCAGAUCGAGAGCGCUGAGGACUGGCCUGCUGAGGAGGCAGUCACCAGUGUCGAUCCCCAGGCCCAGAGUGCCAUGUCCUUGCCCUCGGUGCCCAAGGCCCAGACAUCCUACGGCUUCACUACGUUGGCUGAGAGCCCCCACACGCGACGCAAGGAAUCCCUGUUCCACAGCGAGCAUGGAGCCCUGGCCCAGGUGGGCUCCCCGGGUGCUGUGCGCCGUCGGGGGGGCGCCAAAGCCAACGGGGGCGAUGCUGUGCCCCGGGAGGCCGCCGGGGCCCUCAUGAGCCCCAGCCGCUACUUCAGCGGUGGGGAGAGUGACACGGGGUCCUCGGCUGAGUCCUCCCCAUUCGGGUCCCCUCUGCUCUCGCGCUCGGUGUCGCUGCUCAAAGGCUUCGCCCAGGACAGCCAGGCCAAGGUGAGCCAGCUCAAGCAUUCGGUGGGCUGCCACGGCUCCCUGUCGGCCGACGACAGCACCCUGGACACCAGCCCCGGGGCCCGGCGCCGCCUGACACGCAGGGCUACUCCGGAGCCAGGCUCUGAGCCGGGCCAGGCGCCCCGCGCAGAGCACACUGUGCACAUGGGCGUGCGAGGCAGCGUGCGGCUGCUGGCUGAAUACGAGGUGGCCCAGGCGCGCCUGCGCGUGCGCCUGCUGGCCGCAGAGGGCCUGUACGACCACCUGUGCGAUGCCCGCAGCAUCAACUGCUGCGUCGGCCUGUGCUUGGUCCCCGGAAAGUUGCAGAAACAGCGCAGCACCAUCAUUAAGAACAGCCGCCACCCGGUCUUCAACGAGGACUUCUUUUUCGACGGUGUGGGGCCGGCCAGCAUCCGGAAGCUGGCCCUCAGGAUCAAGGUGGUCAACAAAGGCAGCAGCCUCAAGCGCGACACGCUGCUGGGGGAGAAGGAGCUGCCCUUGCCCUCCCUGCUUCCCUUCUUGUAAAGGCCCCUCGCUGCCCCUCCCUUCAUCCCUCCCAUGGGUGGCCAGGGUAGACCCUGCCUCCCUCCCCACCCAGACUCUGCCAGGCAGGAGGCCAGUUGACCUGGGCCGAAGGAGAAGGUGGGUUUAAACUCAGGCUGGGCUGGGCCUGAUGCUGCAGUGGGCUCCUGGGCUUUCUUGGGUUGAUGAUGGUGCCCAGGAUACAAUUUUUCAUGGAUUAAGUUUUUCAGAGGACAAAGAGAGGAGGCUGCCAGGUAAGAGAAAGGGCCAUUUGCAGGGCUGAACACCCCCCCUGGGCCUCAGGUUUCACGCCCGUGGACUUCAGAGUUCUGGAAAGGCAUUCUCAGGGAGCUGGGAACCUGUGCCAGGAGGUGGCCAAGGUGGAUCACAGUCCUAGAGUUGUGCAGUCCUGAGGCUGUGCCAAAUCUUUUCCUGUGUUGCACGAGUGUCCUCCAUCCCCAGGCCCACCAGACACCCCCAAGAAAGCAGUGCCAGGCCUAGGUUCUACCAACAGUGCUCCCAUGGAGCUGUAGGAGGCACCUGUGUGCCUCAGAGCUCAGACGCAGGAAGUCCCAGAAGAUGAAAAUGGGAGUAAAGGCCCCUCUCCUGUUUCUGGAGCCAGACAGCCCCCUGCCCCAACCCCUGUGGAUGUUUUCCUCCAAUGCGUUCUCUGUUUGCUUUUUGGGCACAGACCUGCCUGUCCUGUCUGCUGCACCUGCUCAGGACCCCUAGGCCCUGCUGGGGCAUCUGGAGCCUCCCAACCCUGGAGGGAGUUGCUCAGAAGGCACCCAGAGAGCAGCCCCCAGCCCAUGGCCUGGCCCUCCCCACAUAGGCUGCCGCACCCCCCCACCUCCAUUCCCCCAGCGGCCUUGACUGUUGGAUGCCAGGGAGUGAUGCCUAGUGACUGAUUGCUGUGGCUUUUAUUCCAUGUGUGUAAAUAGGUUUUGGUUAGGGUGGGUGGGGCAAAGGGACAAAAAGCAGGCUGGGAGGACCCUCGUUAUGGCUUUUCAUGCUGCUAGGUGUCUGCAUGGGUUUGCUUACUGUAUCAGCACGUGGGUCCUUGAAUGAUUUCUGUGGAGGUUUUCCAGCUCUAUGAAACAGAAAUGAUACGGUCUGAAGCAGGGGCUAACGAGGCCAGGCCAGCUCUACCCCUUUGCCUCACCUGGGCUGCCCACUGGGCAUGGAUGGACUAGGGCAGUUCAUGGGGACCCUGGGGUGCCCCUCCCUGUUCACACAUUGUCCCUCCUGACUCUAGGUUUUCAAAUCUCACUGGGGGAGGGGGGAAGGGGCAGAUUUCCUCCAGGGCUGGGGAAAGCACCAGUGCACCCUGGAGACUAAGAUGGAGGAGCCCUGGGAGCUGGGGUCCUACCAGCCUCUGUCCUGUGCCUGCUCCUUCAUGCUCCUGUUCUUGGCUUUGUAAGGGGCUCCCCCUUCAUUCUGGAACCUGGGGACCACCAAGGCCAGGCUUGUGGGCUGAGGAGGCAGACAGAGGGCCCUGCUUGAAGCACACACCCCUCCCCUUCUUUGAUCCUGACCUCUCCUGUACUUAAUAUGCCCCUGCACUGUUUCAUAUCUCUCUUCCAAGUCCACUCUGGGUAAACCUUUAAGACACCCUCCCCAAAUGUGUUUGUUUAUAAAUGCUGUUUUUAGUGCAAUAAAGGUGUUUCGGGAAUGCGG